AUGGAACGAUUUCUGGGUCCUCCUUCGAAGAAAAGGAAGCUGCAGUAUGACCGAGACAACCUUAGGAGAGCAUUUGAGGCCACUAGGAAGGGUAUUUCAGUUUAUAGGGCAGCCAGGGACUAUUCUGUUCCAGAGUCUACAUUAAGAGACAGGCAUUUAGGACUGGUACCGCUUGAGUGUCACAUUGGUUUUGACAGUAUCUUUUCAAAUGUAGAAGAACAGAAACUUGUCAACCACAUUACAUAUAUGGCAAGUAUCGGCUAUGGGUACAACAAAUCUUCAAUCCAGCACAUGGCAUGGGAUUAUGCAAAAUCUCUAGGCAAACAAGUUAAAGCCAAAGAGUCCCUGAGUGAUAAUUGGUUUUAUGGUCUUUUGAAAAGGUGGCCUGAUUUGUGUGUAAAGAAACCCAGGAAGCUGUCAAUUUCACGUGCAAAGUCUGCCUCCAGAGAAGCUCUCAACAACUACUACAGUGAGCUUGGUUCUAUCUUGACAGUUAAUGAUUUGACUGAUAAACCACAAUGUAUAUUCAACAUUGAUGAAACAGGUGUCAACUCUGAACAUUCUCCACCUAAAAUUGUGUGUGAUAAAAACACUAUCCCACAGAAUGUCACUUCAUCCAGAUCGCAAACAGUAACUAUCAUAGCCUCUGGAAAUGCUUUAGGCAACUCCAUACCUCCUUACUAUGUAUUUCCAGGACAACGUUGGAAUCCUGAAUUCUUGAAUGAUGCAUGCCCUGGUUCUGCAGGUGAAAUGUCCAAGACAGGCUGGUCCAAUACAUGUAUAUUUGAGAAUUACUUGAAGAACCACUUUGCAACUUAUGCAAAUCUUUCUAGAAAUGUUGAUGGAUCCAAAAUUCUGAUCCUCUAUGAUGGACAUAGAUCUCAUACCUCUCUUACUCUGACUGACUGGGCAAAGAAGAACAAUGUUAUUUUAUUCGUACUUCCUCCUCACUCAAGCCAUGUAACGCAGCCUUUGGAUGUUGGAGUCUUUGGACCUUUCAAAUCAAUGUACUACUCCGAAUGUCAGAACUUCAUGAAAAGAAACCCAGGCAUGAAUGUUACAAAGUACCAGAUUGCAAGUCUUACUAGCAAACCUUACCUAAAGGCGCUAUCUGCAGAAAAUCUUAUUUCAGCAUUUCGCAGAACUGGUAUUCAUCCUUUUGACAGACAGGCUAUUGUUGAUUCUCAGAUUUCACCAUCAACUAUUUAUGCUGAGAAAUCCCAAACCACACAAGAAGAUCCUCAGCAUGACAACAGUCAACCUAUUCCCAACUCUGAAUCUUCAAAAAUGGAAGAUAACUUCUCUGAUUCUUCAAAAACGGAAGACAGCUUUUUCAAGUCAAGGACCAUAACUAAGCCGGUAUCAAAACCAAAAAGGAAGUUUGUUCCACCUUUUCUACCGGUAUAUGGAGAUCUUCAUAAAAAGUCAGUGCAAGAUGUCCUUGUAGCUCAGGCAAAUAAAAGUCAGCCAAACACUGGAUCCACAAAAUCUGAAAAAAGCUCUAAGAGUGCACAACCACAUAUUUCUGCAGUGCCCAUUUCAAAGCCCAGUACAUCUGGAACCUCCAAGUCUGGCGGACCUAUUCCACUUCUGUCAGAAGACUCUCAGUCUGACUCAGAAUCUGAAAUUUCUGAAGAAGAGAAAUGUUGUAUUUGCAAGAAAUGGCAGCCUGACCUUGCAGAUAACAACAUUUACAUAACAAUUGUGAACUUGGACAAAUGUGAUGUUUGUGGCCAUUGGACACACUUAAAAACAUGCUCAAAAGUCAGAGUUCUUAGGAGAAAUGAUUAUUUCAAGUGCCCUCACUGUGAGGAAAAUUAA